CAACCGCCGACUCCAGAACUCUCGGCUCGUCGAAACACCAGAAAGAUUCAAGAAACAUGAAACUCACUACCACUAUCCUCUACACCCUUGCCGUAACUCUUCUCCUUGCGGGCUUCUCCAGAGCCCCGCUCCUGCCCAGAUGUAUGUCGAAGGCACUCCCACGGUCGAUCGAUGUGGGUACAUACUACGGGGACCAGUUACCCGACGGCUCGGUCUGUCAGAACGAGCGGUACAAGAAAAUCUUGAAAUGCACCAGGGAGCAAUGUGGAAAGCACUUCUGCAUCAAUGUCCCGACCACUGACGAUACCCCUCAAAGAUACAAGUUGUGCAAGCAUCGAUGGAAGCAGCUUGCAACUCCUCCUACUCCUACUACUCGCUCUACUCAUCUUCUUGACUUGUUUCCUAGCGCUUGA